GCAACAGAUCAAAACAAGUAUAUAGUAAUCAACGAACGAAACGAUGGGAGUUCACGCUGAAGAAGCCGAAACCUACAAGAUUAAGGGCAACGAUGCCUUUAAAGCUGAAAAAUAUGAAGAGGCGAUAUCAUUGUACUCUAAGGCAAUUGAGCUCGCCGAAAAAGACUGCCGGGACUUGGCCACAUACCUGAAAAAUCGCGCUGCUGCCUAUCUAAAAACGAAGGAGUACGAUAGAGCUAUAAAAGACUGCGACCAAGCAUUAGAUAUUAUUCCUGAGGAUCCGAAAGCUCUAUUUCGACGAUCACAAGCGUUGGAGAGUUUGGAAAGAUAUGAAGAAGCUUAUAGAGACGCUAAGGCGAUUUUCACAGUGGAACCGACGAAUAAAGCGGUGCAGCCCGUUCUAGCUCGGUUGCAUGCAAUUGUCCAAGAAAGAGCGCGGCAAAGUGCGCAAACCAGCAACAAAGUCGAUCAAAUGUUCAAACUCGCCUUUAAACUUGAAGAAGAUAAGGAGAAACGAGAAAAAGCUAUGUCCAAUCUUCUCGUACUCGCCAAAGAGAGCACAGGUGCUGAAAUUAUGAUCAAAAAUGGUGUUGUACACAAAAUACAACAGCUAUUAAAAGUCGAAAAGAAUCCUGACAUUUAUGCAAAUGCUGUAAGAGUUAUCAGUCAGCUCUGCAAGAGGGAUGUGAAUAGAACAAAGCAGGUCAUCAAAGUUGUUGGCGUUCCAUGGUUCCUGGAGAUUAUCGACAGUGACAAUGAAGAGAGGGUUAAUGCAGCUCAAUAUUGUCUGCAAACUAUAUUGGACACAUUUACUGGUAUGGACAGUAAGAAAGAAAUAAAACCUGACCCUCAAAAGUGUGAGGAAUACAAAACUGAAAUUGACACACUUUUGACUUGCCUGACCUAUUCUAUUACCAAUACAGUAAUUAGUGGCCUUGCAAGAGAUGCCAUUAUGGAACUUAUUAUGAGAAAUUGUCACUACUCUGCUAUCAAUUGGGCUGACAGAUUUGUUGAAAUUAAAGGUUUACAGAGAUUGCUUGAAGUGUGUAGUGAACUUGAAGAGUACAAGUAUGAAUCUGCAAUGAACAUCACUCCAUCAUCUAGGACCAUAGCAGCAGCUUGCCUGGCUAGAAUAUAUGAGAACAUGUAUUAUGAUGAAGCAAGGCAGAAGUUCAACAGUCAAGUAGAUGAUUUUAUCAAGGGUAAACUGCUUACACCAGACCUAGAAUCUAAAGUGAGAGUCACAGUGGCUAUAACAUCAUUACUCAGAGGCCCUCUGGACGUAGGGAACUAUGUCAUCUCUAAGGAAGGUAUUGUGGAAAUGAUUUUGGUCAUGGCCCAGACUGACGAUCCUCUGCAACAAAGGGUGGCCUGUGAAUGUUUAAUCGCAGCUGCAUCGAAGAAGGACAAGGCAAAAACUAUUAUUGAUAAAGGUGUUGAUGUCCUAAAAAAGUUAUAUCAGUGCAAAAAUGAUGCUGUCAGAGUUAGAGCUCUUGUUGGUCUCUGCAAACUUGGAAGUUUUGGAGGUGAUGAUGCUUCAAUUCGCCCAUUUGCUGAAGGUUCUACAAAGAAAUUAGCUGAAGCCUGCAGGAAGUUCCUUGUCAACCCAUCAAAGGAUAAGGACUUGAGGAAAUGGGCAGCUGAAGGUCUCUCAUAUCUUACUUUAGAUGCUGAUGUGAAGGAAAAAUUGGUGGAAGAUAGAGCUGCACUGCAAUCUUUGAUAGAACUGGCCAAAACUGGUGAUCAAUCUUGCCUUUAUGGUGUUGUAACCACUCUAGUUAACCUCUGUAAUGCAUAUGAAAAGCAAGAAGUUCUUCCUGAGAUGUUGGAACUGGCAAAGUUUGCUAAACACCAUGUGCCAGAGCAACACGAGUUAGAUGAUCCUGAUUUUGUGAACAAAAGGUUGACUGUAUUAGCCAAGGCUGGAGUCACUUCAGGUUUAGUUGCUUUGGCCAAAACUGAGAGUCAUAAUUCAAAGGAACUGAUUGCUAGAGUUUUCAAUGCCAUCUGCAGUCUUCAGGAACUUAGAGGAAUUGUAGUUCAGCAAGGAGGAGCAAAAGUAUUGAUCCCAAUGGCUUUGGAAGGCACCAAAAAUGGCAAGAAGCAAGCUGCACAAGCUUUAGCUAGGAUUGGUAUUACAAUCAACCCCGAAGUUGCUUUCCCUGGACAAAGAAAUUUAGAAGUAGUAAGGCCUUUGGUAGCAUUAUUACACCCUGAAUGUUCUGCUCUAGAAAAUUUUGAAGCCCUAAUGGCUCUCUGUAACUUGGCUGGGAUGAAUGAGACUACAAGGAAUAGAAUUUUGAAAGAAGGAGGUCUGACUAAAAUUGAGCAAUACAUGUAUGAGGAUCACAUGAUGCUACAGAGAGCAGCUACCCAAUGUAUUUGUAAUCUGAUGCAAUCAGAGGAUGUCAUAAGGGCAUUUGAGAGUCAGAAUGACAGAGCUAAGUACUUAUACCUUUUAUGCCAAGAAGAGGAUGAGGACACAGUAAUGGCUGCAGCUGGUGCUCUGUGUGUUCUUACAUCAGUCAGUAAAUCUUGUUGCAGAAGAUUACUUGACUUAGAAUCCUGGCCAGAAACACUAAGGUGCGUGCUUGCACAUAACAAUAAGGAAAUCCAGUAUAGAGGUACCUACAUGUUAUACAACAUUGUCAAAGGAGACAAAGAUAUGGCUGCAAAAUUAUUUGAAACUGAUGUGUUGGAGAUUCUAAUGGCUUUGACAAAAUUAGAAGAUCCAGCCCAAAAGAGGACUAAGGAUUUUGCAGAGAAAUGUUUGAGUGAAGCCGAGGAACUAGGCGUUAUUAGAAAACCACAAGGAGGCGAUCAAUUGCAAGAUCCGUUUACAGAAGAAAAUGUUAGUGAUGAUGAAGUUCAAUAAAUUUUAUUAGAUCACACAACCUAGUGUCAUAAUAAAAGUAGAUAAU